UCGGCAGUCAAUAAAAUUCCCGCGGUUCGGCGUUUGCGGCGGACAACAUGGCGGCCUCCAUGCUGGGCUCUCUGCUGCGGACCGUCCGGCAGAUGGUUCCUUCAUCACCUUCAGGCCAAGUUCGAGGUUAUUACGUAGACUGGAAAAUGUUGCGUGAUGUGAAGAGACGAAAAAUGGCCUAUGAAUAUGCAGAUGAGAGGCUACGGAUCAAUUCACUCAGGAAGAAUACCAUUUUGCCAAAAGAUCUUCAGGAAGUGGCCGAUGGAGAAAUUGCUGCCCUUCCCCGGGAUAGCUGCCCUGUUCGAAUCCGAAAUCGGUGUGUUAUGACGUCCCGUCCACGUGGUGUAAAGCGGCGCUGGAGGCUUAGUCGUAUUGUCUUCCGUCACUUAGCAGACCACGGGCAGCUGUCGGGGGUCCAGCGAGCAAUAUGGUGACCCGCUCUGGAACCUACUGAGCAGGGAAACCAGUUCUGGCAAGAAGAGGCUUCUCUAAUAGACAAAAACCUAGUUUUGUAGGGGUCCAGUAUGGGAGUCUAGUCUACCUGAUGCUGCCUACGGUUAAAUUACUUUUUAAUUUUAAAUUAAGAAAUCUGGUGGAUGUUUCAGUCAGUGAAUUCUGGCUCUCUGUGAAUUAUCUCUUCUCUUGGACUUAAAAAUUAACCGUACUGUUUCCAUACAUAGUGCAAGGAGUAGAGUAAUAAAAAAUAUUCUGUGAAAAUA